GAAUGAAAUCGUAUAAACACAAUACAACAGUGCCGGGUUGUUGCAUGCACUAACUGUCAUAAUUGUCAAAUGAGUCCAGUGCUUGGCUAUUGAACAGGUUUAGUAAAUACUCACUGCCGAAUCACACGAUCUUUGAACGAAUUUCGCAGCCUCAAAACAUUGGUGUGUAAACGAAACGAGCAGUUCACAAAAGAUUGCAAGAUUUCGUUGAUGGCCCCUCAGAAUUCAAAGAGUUCCCGAGAGAAGAGAUCAGGUAAGUCUAUCUGACAAGAAUGAGUAGAGCGUGAUUAUACGUCUAGUGUUUCCCCUCUCAAAAUCAAAUUCCGUUUCAAGACUUAGGUUUAAACAAAAUACGCUCAUAUAAUGCCUUAACUAUCAAAGGAAGGCUAUCCUUGGGUGGGCUUCCCAGUAAUAAAGUCUCUUUAGCACGGAGCUGACUGCCUAGUACAGCCUAUCACGCUUUUGGCAUCUUGUUUAUGACUGUACAUAUAAGACUUAAAGCCUGAUUGAUUAUACUUCUCUUUGAUUUGUAAAUCGUGUGAAAUUCUAAGGAUCUCAAAUGCCUCCAUAUAUCAAGCUAGAAUGGAGAAACGCUAUGUAUCAUAUAUAUGUUAUUUGAUUUGAAGUAAUCCCAACAUAUAAGGUCAAUAUGUAAUCUGUGGCAUGCUAAAACGUGGUCUUGCUCGCUUCACUGCAUUUAAACACAUUAUUUGACAGCUCGUAACAGCACAAAAUUUUCCUUGCUGGUUACAGUUCUUGAAACCAACCCCUAUCGGGCAGCGAUAUGUAAAAUAUCACGAAACAAAUUCUCCAUCGCGAAUGUAUAUAAAUUACUCUACAAUUAUUGUGUUACAUUUGGACUGUUCAUUUUACAGUGGCUGUAAGCAUUCAAGAGUCGACUUCAAACUCGCUCCUUAGCAAAGUGUGGGAGGUCUCUUAGCUACCAAAGAAGUUUCUUUUAGGCAGUAAAAACGUCGUAAAUCAUUUCGUGAGUUUAAUAUUUGGUUUAUUUUCUAUAUAGUAUUUGAUAUAAAAAUGGCGAAGAAGCCAGACAGUGACAGGCCCCCCGCCAGGGAUGGAUACUUGUCUUCACGUGGUCACGCGAAAAACGGCGGGUCUUCGCCGAAGAAACGUCGAGGAAACCUACCCAAAGAUGCUGUGAACGUCCUACGCUUAUGGCUUUGGGAGCACCGAUUCAACGCGUACCCAUCGGAAAGCGAGAAGCAGCAUUUGUCGCGAGCAUCUAACCUAAGCGUGUUGCAAGUAUGUAAUUGGUUUAUUAACGCAAGGCGACGUAUAUUGCCCGAAAUGAUUAGACGAGAGGGACACGACCCGAGUCAUUACACGAUUACGAGAAGAACGACUAAAAGUACAGGAAGUACGAGCAGUGCUAGUUCCAGACGCAGUAGCACAAACGAUGAGUACUCCAUGAAAUAUGACUCCGCCACUUUCAGCGACGCGGAUUCCGUGUCGAGUUGCGACUCCGAUAAUUCUGGACCCCACCCCCUCUCCCCUCAGGAGUGCGAAGACAGACUAAGCGCACGUUGUGUGCCCGUCGCUACCACCCUACCGAACAACGGAGACAGCACCCUAUCCAUGCUGGAAAAUUUGACCGCGAAUAAUCGACUGUCAAGUAUGGACCUGCUCGUCGAAGUCGCAUUAAAUUUGGACAUAAUACAAGGACACUGCUCUCGAGAAACGAAAUUCCUCGCCUGUUAAGUGGUUGCGGUAUUUUUAGUGAAAUUUAAUAGCAAUCAAACACUUCGUAGGAUUAAAGCCGUACGAAAACAAUAGUUGAAAAAGACAACACGGAUUUUUCAUUUGAUAUUAAAUGUAACAUAUUUCGUUCGACGAUACAUUGCCCACGCCAAUCAUUCGUUAUACUUGAUAUUGAAUUUCAUACUCGUAUUCAACUUUUCGGUUGCCCUGUCAACCGCGCGAGCUUAUAAAUAUGAACAUAUUCAUUUAUGUGUACAUAGACGUAAAUUUAAUAAAUUUUCAGCAAAUACAUAGCUGGAGGGAGGCUGUUUAUAGUCGCACAUAUACGCGUGCGCUACCAACUGCGAUUUUAAUGUGAAAUCCUACCAAGGCCGACCUUUUUUUUCGCAGUAUAAUUAUACUGUAUGUUUAUAUUUAUUUGUGAAAUGCUUAUAGGCAAAGCUAUGGACGAUUAUAUAUUGUAUAUAUUUAUGUCUUGAGCUAAAUAAAAACGAUGAUAAAGUGCAAAGUA